CUUCUAUAAAAGAUGUCUAUAGUAUAUGAAAUAAUUCACAGUUAAAAGUAGAAGAUAAGAAGUCAACAUGCAGUCAGCUGUGCUGUGUAUAUGUUUAACUCUACUCAUAGUAGUUGGUGUUUCAGAUGCCCUACGAAUGAUCCGUCCAUUACCAACUUACUGUAGACGCCCCGUUUGUGACACUGUGUGCCUUAAAGGCCAGGAACGUGAUUCACGAGGAUGCCUGACUUGUAGAUGUAAACCCACCAUAGAUUUUCCUCCUACACCUUUAUGUGGACCAGUUUGUCAAAUCUACUGUCCAUAUGGUAAUGUUAAGGACUCGAGAGGCUGUCCAACCUGUAGAUGCAAUAAAUCACCAAAACCAGUCUGUGGACCAGUUUGUAAAAUAGGAUGUCCCUUCGGAAAUGUUUUAAAUUCCAAUGGAUGUCCUAUCUGUAAAUGUAAACCACGACCAAAGCCAAUCUGUGGACCAGUUUGUAUGAUAGCAUGUCCUUUCGGAAAUGUUUUAGAUUCUAGAGGAUGUCCAACCUGUAAAUGUAAACCACCACCAAAAAAGCCAGUCUGUGGACCAGUUUGUAUGAUAGCAUGUCCUUUCGGAAAUGUUUUAGAUUCUAGAGGGUGUCCAACCUGUAAAUGUAAACAGAUACUAUGUCCACAGAUUAAGUGUUCUAGACGAUGUUUGUUUGGAAGAUAUGUCAAGGAUUCUAAAGGCUGCCAAACCUGUAGAUACUAG